AUGUUCUACACUCAUGUGCUUAUGAGUAGACGUGGGCCAUUGGCCAAAAUAUGGCUCGCAGCUCACUGGGAGAAGAAACUCACAAAGGCUCAUGUAUUCCAGUGCAAUCUAGACAUAAGCAUUAAAAAAAUUACUUCACCUAAGGUGAAAAUUGCACUUCGAACUUCAGGACAUCUUCUUUUAGGAAUUGUUAGGAUCUAUAAUAGGAAGGCUAAGUAUCUUCUGGCAGAUUGCAAUGAAGCAUUUCUUAAAAUGAAGAUGACAUUUCGACCAGGACUGGUUGAUCUCCCAAAAGGGAAUUUUGAAGCAGCUUACAAUACUAUCACAUUGCAAGAGGAAUUUCAUGAUUUUGACACCUUUAAUAUAGACACUAUUGAUGUUUCAGAAUACUUUACUCAGAACCAGAGCAGACCAGAAGAAAUUACACUUAAAGAAGACUAUGGUAAUUAUCUAGUUUUUCAAGCUGUGAGCUUUGGGGCAAUAACUGACAUUCCCAGAAGCCAUAGCAUUUUUGGUGACAACAUAUUACUGAACUCCAGUGGUCCUUUAGUUGAACAUAAUUCUGGAAGCCUCACUGGAGAAAAAUCUUUUAUUUAUGACAAUGGAGAUGGAUUUGGAGAUGAAGGAAGUGCAGGAGAAAUGAUCGACAACAUAUUACGAGGCAGUGAGAAUAACCUGUUAGAAGAGAUGAAUUGGAAUGAAGAAGUUUUACCAACUUCUGAGUCUCAGGGUAAUAUACUGAUAGAACCAGAUAAUCCAGAUGAUAUAUAUCUACCUAAAAAUGAAAAAAUGGAUGAACCAACAUCAAACGAAGAAGAAGAAUUUAUUCUUGCUCCAAUUGAUGUUUCAGGUAUUGCUGAGAAAAGGAAAAGCAAAAAAAGGAGACUGAUCAUAGAUCCAGUCAAGGAGAUCAGUAGCCAAGCUAUGCAUGAACAACUGAAUUCUUUUACUGACACACUCAUGGUUCUGGAACUUGCACCUCCUACACGGAAAUUAAUGAUGUGGAAGAAGAAGGGAGGAGUGGAUACACUUCUAUCAACUGCUACCCAGGAAUUGAUUCAUGAGGAGUUGAAAAUGUUGUUUUCAAAGUGCUUUCUGUCCUCUGUCCUUAAAAUUGGAAGAAAAAUUAUACAGAAGGAGUCAGUAAGGAAUGAAGUGAGAAGCCAAAACAUAGGUGAGACUUCCUAGAUGAAAGAGCCAAAUACACAGCAAGAAUUAGAUCACCUCCAGACAUUGAAGGAUGUGACUGAUGAAUGUAAGGGUGGCUCUCAUGAGGAUACCAAUAAAAAUAUUAACUCUGAGGGUAUUAUUGAAUUGGUUCCUCCAGCUGCUGAGGAAUCAUCUUCAAUGAAUGUCUUCUCAGUCCAAGAAAAUUGUCCUUUUGAAUUGGAAUUAUUGGGCAGUGAAGAAAUUAUGGAGGAAGAGAGAUGUAAUCAAAGAUCACACCAGAUGUUAAAUAAACUACAGGAAUCUAACAAGAAGGGAAUGCAGUCCUUUAGUUUGAUGGAGCUCUGCAAAAACAGUGACCGGAAACAAGCAGCUGCCAAAUUUUAUAGCUUUCUUGUCUUAAAAAAACAACAGGCUAUUGAGCUGAGCCAGAGUGCUCCCUAUGCUGAUAUUAUAGCAACAGUGGGACCAAGGUUCCAUGACCUGUAA